AUGAUAGAGACCAUGAAGGCCGAGAUGGAAGAACUCAAGAGAGACGUAGAAGUGGAGAGAUGUGUGACAUCCAGCGCGGACAGGGAGGCCAAGAUUGAGGCUCCCAAGCCACCUAUCUUCAAAGAACAACGAGGCAAGGAUCAACAUAGCCAUGCUAUACCUUUUAGAGAUGGCCAUGUUGUGGUGGAAGCGCAAGGAGUCCAAGAUCGGGAAGGGUCUAUGCACCAUCAACACCUAGGAGCAUUCCGAGAUGAGUUUAAGAAGCCUUUCUUCCCCAACAACGUCAUCUAUGAGGCCAAACGUAAGUUCCGGGAAUUGAAGAAAAAAAGUUGGGCAAAGAAAGAGUUGGAGCAUUGCCAAGUCAGCACCAUCGAUGAGUCUAUCACCCAAGCUGAAGCCCUGACGAACUUUAGACAUGACAGGAGCAAGGGCAAAGAAACAAGAAGUAGUUCUGCCAAAGGUGGGGGAGAUCACAACAAGGGUAAGGAGAAAAACCCUCCCACCAAGAGUCAUGAUGCCAACAAGUCCGAUGGUAGGAGGUUCGAAUGGCAGGGCGAUGCUAAGAGGAAGGAGCAGACCACGAAGGGCAACAACUUUUAUAUAUGUGGAGGUCCUCAUAGCUAUGCUAGGUGCCUGGAGAUGAAGAACCUUGGUACCAUACUGCAGGAGCGAAAGGACAAGGAAGUAAACCAAGGACACAGUUCGAGCAUGACCCAUCUAGGCAUGAUAAGAUUAUGCGGAGCCAUAAUGAAGCAAGUUGAUAAGGUGGGAGAUUACUUCUCACAAUAUGUUUAUAUAUCCAUCAACAGACCGCCAACUCGUGUUAUGGUGGAAUCUAGAGUGAAAGCCAACAUCAUGAUCAAGACAGCGGUAAUAAGGUUGGGGCUAAGUUAUGGGCCAAGCAACACCCGCCUGAAGAUAGUCAAUGCCCCAUUGACUCCCGUAUGUGGAGUCGCUCAUGGAGUGGACAUAACGUUGGGUAAGUGGCAAGGUAAGACCAUCUUUACUAUCACCCCUUUAGAUAUCUUUGAUAUAAUACUUGGGCAGGAAUUCCUCCAAUGGUACCAUAUGAUAAUUGAUCCCUAUAUCCAACAACUCUUGGUGAUGGAGCGAGAGGGACCCUACAUGGUACCUCUAGUCAAGAUGCCAAAAAAGGAAGGACAAGCCCACUUGUCGGCCAUGCAACUUGUAAAGGGCCUAAAGAAGGGUGAGCCGACGUUCGUAGCCACCAUUGAAAGCUUAGAUGAAGACAAUGGUGUUAAAGAGGCACUGCCACCUUGCAUAGAGAAGGUACUUGAAGAAAACAAGGAUGUGAUGCCCGAAUAUUUUCCGAGACACCUACCUCCAAGGCACGAGGUAGACCACAGGAUCGCGCUGGAUCCAGGAGCAAGGCUGCCCGCAUACCCGCCAUACCACAUGGAUCCACCCGAGUUAGAGGAAAAGAAGAAGCAGUUAAAGGAGCUCCUUGAGGCUGGUCUUAUCCGUCCAUCCAAGGCACCUUAUGGCGCAUCGGUUUUAUUUCAAAAGAAGAAGGAUGUCUCAUUAUGCCUAUGCAUAGACUACUGGACGCUCAACAAGGUGAUCAUGAAGAACAAGUAUCCCAUCUUGCUCAUUGCCGACUUGUUUGAUAGACUUGGACAGGCCAAGUACUUCACCAAGGUGGAUCUAAAGAAGGGCUACUACCAGGUAUGCAUAGCGGAGGGAGAUGAACCGGAGACAACAUGUGUGAUGAGGUACGGAGCUUACGAGUGGUUGGUGAUUCCCUUCAGCUUAACCAAUGCACCCGCCACCUUUUGCACACUAAUGAACAAGAUCUUUCACCCCUACUUGGAUCAGUUCAUGGUAGUCUACUUGGAUGACAUAGUCAUCUAUGGCAACACCUUGGAGGAGCAUGUGGAAUACUUAAAGAAAGGAGAACUACAGAUGGACGAGGCAAAAGUUUGGUCCAUCAAGGAGUGGGAGAUGCCCAUAAAGAGCGAAGAGUGCAAGAGGGCCUUUAAAGACCUCAAGGCUGCCGUGAUGGAGGAGCCGGUCCUAGCGUUGCCUGAUUUCUCCAAAAUGUUUGAAGGGCACACGGAUGUCUCUAACUAUGACAUUGGAGGAGUAUUGAUAUGCAAUAAAGGAUGGUCUGCAGCACUAUCCAGAGGCAAAGAGGCUUAUGGAGUUAGCAGCUCAGGGCAAGACAAGGUGCUUUUUGAUAGAAGACGGGCUCCUUCUUACCACCGUAUAGAGGAUUUACAUGCCAAAAUUUGA